AUGGCGUCUCCAAGCAGCAAUGCCACGAACUGGGAUCCUCUUGGGGCGAACUCUCCAGCCGGCCGUGCUCUCGUCAUCCUGCGACCAGAAAAUGCCGCUGCUAAAUUGGCCUUCUCCGAGGUCGUCGACUUCAUCCAGGAACAGACUCACCGGGAUGACGAGAACCUGGUCCGCAUUCAGUCUCACUACGCGCAAUUUAUCUGGUUCGCCGACGAGCAGGUUUCUGAUCCUGCCGUCACACGUCUAGUGAACCAGAGAAGGAGUGUUGGAAGCUCUUCACCCUCCUCCUCGAGCGAACACUCGUCGCCUCCGGUGACUAUCUGGACUGGAUUCUACUUCCUGGAUCCGGACACCUCACCUCUUAUACACUCUCUGGGGUGGUCUGGAGGGCGCCUAAGUAAGAAGAAUGUCGCCUUGGGACAGCCUGUCGUUGACCUGCUACUGACGAUAUCGCGGAAAACGCAACUCGCUCGACGACAUGCUUUCAUCUCGUUUUCGAAAGAAACACAAAUGGCCUGCGUCAGGAGUACUGUAGCCUGUGCAAAUGCAGAAAACUCCAUCUCGUUGGGAGAUCUACGUUACACACUCGAGUAUACACCACACUGCCGGCGUUCCGAAGGCCAAGCGAGGCUCCGUGACUAUCUGACUGCCAUCCACGGGGAUGACCAGCCAACCAAAGAAGCCCUUCUCGCGACGCCCACCCCCACGAUGAAUGCCCAGACCAUCGGGUCGUACACCAUCACUGCGGCCGGCAUGGUCGGCAAGGGCUCCUUCGGACGAGUGCGGCCGGCAACUGGUCCGGAUGGCAAGCUCGUGGCGAUCAAGACUCUGGAGAAGGCUGGGAAUACGCAGCCUAUCCGUGAGAAAAUCGAGGUGAUCAAGUCCAUCUCGCAGAUUGCCACCAUGGAGAGGCAGACCAACAUUUUGACCUGCGUUGAGUCCAUCCACAUGGGAGGCAACAUACACGAGUUUCAUAUCGUGCUAGAACCCUUUGUCGACAUCACUUUGGACAAGGUACCAUUACAAACGCACCGCACAAAACUGGAACUGAUACUCCGCGACUGUCUCCAAGGCCUAUCCUUUCUGCACGCCCACGACUUCGUCCACACAGAUAUCAAGCCGACAAACAUUGGUCUCGUAAACCUGCGGCUGGAUCACGCCCACAAUGAAGCCUCAUCAGAACUCCCUCCACGUCCACUCCGCGCUGUUCUUCUCGACCUCGACUCGAUCGAGAAGAUCCACCACGGGAGGAAGACCAUCCCAGCUCGACCGGGCACCAAUGGAACUAUAGGAUUUCACUCCCCGGAGCACGAAAGUUCGGAAUACGACGGGAGGACUGAUGUGUGGGCCUUGGGCGUUAGUCUCUUCAGGGUUGCAUUCGGUAGACUUCCCUGGUCGUUUGGAACGCAAGGGAAUCCGUGGAGGAGGGACGUUUCAGAUCGUGCGCCAGGCCGUAUCAGUUUCCAUUCAAAAUACCGAGCCGCCAUCACUGAGAUAUCCAACCAGGAGAGGCUGCUCGGAGGUCAGUUAUCCCAGUCUCUACAUAUUAUUCCUAAAUACUGA